CCAGCAUGUCCUUCGUCCCGGUGGCAGAGGAUUCCGACUUCUCCAUACACAACCUGCCUUACGGCGUCUUCUCCACAAAAACCAACCCAAGACCGAGGAUUGGCGUGGCGAUUGGUGACCAGAUCCUGGACCUUAGCGUCAUUAAGCACCUCUUCACUGGGCCUGUCCUCUCCAAACACCAGGAUGUCUUUGACCAGCCAACCCUCAAUAGCUUCAUGGGCCUGGGACAGCCUGCCUGGAAGGAGGUGAGAGCAUUGUUGCAGAGCUUGCUGUCUGCCAGCCACGUCAGGCUUAGAGAUGACACAGAGCUUCGGAAGUGUGCAUUCACUUCCCAAGCUUCUGCUACAAUGCACCUUCCAGCCACCAUAGGAGACUACACGGAUUUCUACUCUUCUCGGCAGCAUGCUACAAAUGUUGGCAUCAUGUUCAGGGGCAAGGAGAAUGCCUUGAUGCCAAACUGGUUGCAUUUACCCGUGGGCUAUCACGGUCGUGCCUCCUCCAUCGUGAUAUCUGGCACCCCGAUCCGAAGGCCCAUGGGACAGAUGAGCCCUGAUGACUCUAAGCCUCCUGUAUAUGGUGCCUGCAAGCUCUUAGACAUGGAGUUGGAAAUGGCUUUCUUUGUAGGCCCUGGGAACAAACUCGGCGAGCCGAUCCCUAUUUCCAAGGCCCAUGAGCACAUUUUUGGAAUGGUCCUCAUGAACGACUGGAGUGCUCGAGACAUUCAGAAGUGGGAAUAUGUCCCUCUUGGGCCAUUCCUCGGGAAGAGUUUUGGAACCACCAUCUCUCCAUGGGUGGUGCCCAUGGACGCUCUUAUGCCCUUUGCUGUGCCCAACCCAGUACAGGACCCCAAGCCCCUGCCAUAUCUCUGCCAUGACCAGCCCUACACGUUUGACAUCAACCUGUCUGUCAGCCUGAAAGGAGAAGGAAUGAGUCAGGCAGCUACGAUAUGCAAGUCUAAUUUUAAGCACAUGUAUUGGACAAUGCUGCAGCAGCUGACUCACCACUCAGUCAAUGGCUGCAACCUCCGCCCGGGAGACCUCUUGGCUUCAGGAACCAUUAGUGGGCCGGAGCCAGAAAGCUUUGGUUCCAUGUUGGAGCUGUCGUGGAGGGGGACCAAGGCCAUUGAGCUGGGAAAUGGGCAGACCAGGAAGUUUUUGCUGGAUGGGGAUGAAGUCAUCAUCACAGGAUACUGCCAAGGGGAAGGCUACCGCAUCGGCUUUGGCCAGUGUGCUGGGAAAGUGCUGCCCCCAUUCACACCAGCUUAA